UUAACCAUAAAAUGUAAGUAUAUAUUUACAAUUUAAUAAAAUUUAUUUUGGUCAUUUUUCUCUUUAAAAACUAUUUUUGUGAAAAUAAACUAAAAAGACUAUCCUAAAAUUUUUUUUUUUUGUCUAUUCUAAUUUUCUUCUACAGUGGUAUAACCUUUUUUCAUCAAUACCAAAUCCAGAUUACUGUGAACUUAUCAAUCAUGAAGAUAAUUAUAUCGGUUCGUCGUCAAAAAAAGAUUCAUAUUGGUUUAAGGGCCCAAAUUACAAUCAAAGAAAGGAAACCAAAUAAAAAUCCAUUCCAACCCGGUUUACACCUCAUCUAAAGAUGCCGCCACGUAAACGAUUAUGAUUCGUUUCUGCACUAGAGAGCAAAGCUUCACUUACACUACCAAACACAUCGUAUCGAGAGAGCACAAAAAAGAAAAAAAAAAAAAACAAAAAGCUCCGAAGAUUUAGGAACCAUCUCCUACGAUUGGAAAGAGAUGGCGGGACAAUCGAGGAAGUGGAUGAUUCUAGUGGCGACUAUCUGGAUUCAAGCUUUCACCGGUACGAAUUUCGAUUUCUCGACCUACUCGUCGGAUUUGAAAUCGGUUCUCGGGAUCUCACAGGUACAGCUGAACUAUCUCGCCGUCGCUUCGGAUCUCGGCAAAGUUUUCGGAUGGUCGUCGGGGCUUGCGCUACUGUACUUCCCUCUCUGGACUGUUCUCUUCGCGGCGGCGAUAAUGGGGUUCGUCGGUUAUGGUGUUCAGUGGCUCGUCAUCACUAACGUUAUCUCUUUGCCCUACAUUCUGGUGUUUCUGUGUUGCUUGUUAGCUGGGCUAAGUAUCUGUUGGUUUAACACGGUCUGCUUUGUGCUCUGCAUCAGAAACUUCCCUGCAAAUAGAUCACUUGCACUUUCCCUCACAGUCAGCUUCAACGGCGUAAGUGCUGCGUUAUACACUCUUGCUUACAACGCAAUCAAUCCUAUCUCCACACAGCUAUACCUUCUCUUAAACGCCCUUAUACCUCUUAUCGUCUCCUUCGCUGCUCUCAUCCCUAUUCUUCGCCAACCGCCUCUUGAACCUCUUCCGCCAGAUGGAGUUCGAAGGGACUCUCUCAUGUUUCUCUUGCUUAACAUAUUAGCGGUUUUGAACGGUGUUUACCUGCUUCUCUUCGGUUCUAAGACUUCUGAUGUAACCUCAGCUCGUCUCCUCUUUGGUGGAUCGAUUCUUCUCUUGAUUCUCCCUUUAUGCCUUCCCGGUCUUGUCUACGCUCGUAAUUGGUAUCUGCACAACGUACACUCCAGUUUCCGUUUAGAAGGUUCCGGUUUCAUUCUUGUUGAUGUGGAUGAGCUUGAGAUACAUAAAGGAAUGGCCACACGUGAAGCCAGCCUCGAAGGCUAUCAGUUGCUAAACGAUGAUGUAGUGCGAACAGCCAUUACUCCUGAUCAGAAGAGUUUCAUCGAAGAUGACAACGGAUCUUGUUGCAGUAAGCUCAUUACAAGAAAUCAGCUUGGAAUGCUUGGAGAAGAGCAUCCUUUGUAUCUGCUCUUGUGCAGAUCAGAUUUUUGGCUUUACUACAUAGCAUAUUUUUGCGGUGGCACGAUUGGACUUGUCUAUAGCAACAACCUCGGACAGAUUGCACAAUCUUUAGGACAAAGCUCCGAGACAACAACUCUUGUCACGCUUUAUUCGUCCUUCUCAUUCUUUGGUCGAUUGCUUUCAGCGACACCAGACUAUAUCAGAGCGAAGUUUUAUUUCGCUAGAACAGGGUGGCUAACCGUUGCUCUUUUACCUACUACAAUAGCUCUUUUCUUGCUGGCCUCAUCAGGAAGUUUGUCGGCGUUACAAGCAGGGACAGCUCUUAUUGGUCUAAGCUCGGGUUUCAUAUUCGCAGCAGCGGUGUCUAUCACAUCUGAGCUGUUUGGACCCAACAGCGUCGGGGUUAACCACAACAUCCUCAUCACAAACAUACCGAUAGGGUCAUUGGUCUACGGUUUCUUAGCUGCACUGGUCUAUGAAUCCCAUAGCAUGGGUGGGUCAAAGACGGAGUCAGUGAUAUGUAUGGGACGAGACUGUUAUUUCCUAACGUUUGUGUGGUGGGGAUGCUUGUCGGUGAUUGGGCUAGCUUCAAGUGUUGUCUUGUUUCUGAGAACUAGAAGAGCCUAUCAACGUUUUGAACAAGAUCGGAUAACUUCAAGCAUGCUGUAUUCUUAGAAACUUGACUCCAAAUCGUGUUAUAUUGGGCGAUAAGAGCUUUGUCAGUGCACAAAAGUUUUGAUAUUUUCCGCAGAAAUAAAAUUAAAGAGAGAAUCUUAGGACAUGGUUUUGGUGAAAAGAAGAGUUUCAGUGUUGCUUUUUGUGGCAGUGAAUUGGUAAGUUGGACCGGGGAAUUGAAUGUUGAGGACAUCCGAAGCUACUUGGAACUCUUCCCUACUGAAACAACCAAAUGUGAAGUGGGGUUGAGUAGGGUUUUUGUUAUUCUUGUAACUUGUGGCAUUCUGAACGAAGAAUUGGUUUUUGGUGUUAAUGCAACAUAUUCAAAUGUGUUAUU